UCCUUUCUACUGCUUUAACUCCUAGAGAGAUAAUUGUGCUUAACAAGACCUUACUAUCUGCUGAAAAUACAAUGACUGAAUUCCUGGUUUGUUUUAACUGGUGCAAUGGUGAACAGCCCCAGCCGAAGAGGCGCCGGAGACUGGACCGGAAUAUGAUAGGAGAACCAAUGAACUUUGUACACACUGCGCAUGUUGGGGCAGGAGAGAUGAGUAGUGACUAUACAUCAGCUGUAUCAAUUCAGGACCACAUGAAGUCUAAAGGUGGCUACACAAAUGGCACUGCUGCAACUGUUGAGAUAUAGGAAACCCUGAGAAGGCCACAAUCUGCUCUGUCUUAUGAGGACCCCCUGGACUGUGCUUUCAGAUUCUCUAAAACCUCUUCACCAUGGAGUAGGCAGAGUUCUCAAGUUUUAAAUAGGCCAGUGCAAGCUUUGGUGUUCUUUGCGCCGUAGCUACUGAAGGAGUUACUGUAAGUUAUCCUUAAAAUGGUCUGUCUUGGUAGUGUUGUAGUCGCAACUGUAACUUGUCACUGUGCAUGACUUCCUAGCUGUGUCCCAAAAAACUUGCAAGUUAUAAGAUGGGAUUGGAAGUCAGUAUGAAUUGCCUGGGGAUUUAGUCUGUGUCUUUUUCUCUCCUCAAGGAAUGCCAAAGUUAGUUUAAUUGGAAAGUACCACGUGCCUGCACUUCUUACAUGGGCUAAACUGAAUUGCUAAGUGGGAUCCUGUAGCCUGUACUAUAACUUUAGCGUGGUUUUUAGGUGGCUAACGACCUACUGCAUAAAUUUACUGAGCUGUACUUUGGUAUUUUUUUAAUGUUUUUUGAUAGGGAGCAAACUCUAACAUGUGCAGUUAGCCGAGUCUCCAAAACCUGGUGAAACUCCUGCUUUGCUGUGAUAACACUUACGUAGCUAAAAACUGAGGUUUUGCAAACAUGCCCACUCUCAGCUGAGGCUUAGAAACCCAGACAUUUCUCUCAACUACUGGGCUGUCUCCCUUCCAUACAUGCACUAGUAUGACUGACAGGGCUAAUUAAUAAUAAAUUGCCUGUUAAUUUCAAGUGGUGCUACAACAUGCUCACAACUGUUAGUUUUGCAUGACUUCUAUUGAAUUUUAAACUAAAUAUAUCUAAGAUCACUCUCUGUUAUCUAUCUGUAAUGGUAACUACUCAGGACUUUAAGGGAUAUCUCACUUUUUUUGUGGCUCCUUGAUUUUGAGAUUCUUAUUUUUCAGAUGAACUAUUUUUUUUCUUGCAUAUAGUUAAAAAAAAGUAUGGAUUAAGUGAUUCAGUCUUGUGAAGGACAAAUUGCAGGAGAGCAUUAAACGGAAACAGUGUCUUGCAGAGUUCCAGCACUUCGUAAAUAUUUAAAUAAAUAGCCAUCAAUAUUUAGCUGUUCCCAACCUACAGUUUAUUACCUGGCUCUUGUUCACCUUUCUAUUAAGUGAUGUGACCAAAAGCUGAAGAAGAGCUGGGUUUUUCUUUUACCCAAUCACUGACAACUGUUCUCCAGCUCAAAAUUGAGUGAUUGCCAGGGCAGAAACUUACGACAUCUGCUUGCUGUCAUGGGAUUAACUGAAUACAAGUGUUUAAAUUGCUGCCGUAUCAGUUAAUGCUGGAAGUCAGCAGAACUCUCUCCUUGCUCUAGGCACAAGAUUAGUUAUGAACUUUUUUCCAUCUAAAACCCCAUAUAGCUGGCAAAUCUUUUAACUUGCAUGAUUCUGUCUGUGUCUUCUGACACUUCCUAGAUCUAGACUGCUGCCUUAGCUGAAUUAGUAGGCUGCCUUUUCUGAUUAUACCAGGGAACCUAAAAUAAUGAAAGGUAGCUCUGUGUUUCUGUAUGCAUUCAAAAAACGCCAAAACCCUUCUCAGAGGGCCAAAGAGGGAGAGAGAAUGUUGCUUUCUGUAAAAGUCAACAGUUAAUCAUAACAUUCUGCAACAACAUAAGAGGAAUCUAACAUCCAUGUUUUCCUAGAUCCUUACUCUUGAAUUGGAAUGCAUGCCAAAUUUUAAUGUAUUUUUAAAUUAGCAUGAGUUAGCUCUUUUAAGGUCUUUCAUACUUCUGUCUUCUAACUUCAGAUUUAUUCCAAGAGCCUAGCUAAGAUACAGAGUUUAAAACAGCUAAAUCCUGUAUACUGUUGAGGAAGCAUAAAGUGGCCAAGUUGUUCGUAAAGAGUAGAGUCAAAUUCAGCAGCUAUUAAACUGAGUUGAUGCAUUCACUGGUCCAUGCCUACCCAG